AUUGUCCUCUGCUCACUGAACUUUUACAUGCACUUCUUUUAUGAAUCCUACUGUCCAGUCUGAGAUUUCGAACAUGCAUUAGGCUUUACCUUAGCUGAUACGAAGAUGGCAGCUACCAAUAAAAAUGAUGUUUCUACCAUCUAUGACAGAAAAAGUGAACUGAAAGCUUUUGAUGACACAAAGGAAGGUGUUAAAGGCCUUGUUGAUGCUGGCAUAACCGAGAUACCUCGGAUCUUUUAUCAUCCACCUGAUGAGUACUCCAUUCACAAUACCUCUGAUUCAGAAGAAGAGCAGUUCAGUGUUCCAGUCAUAGACCUCAAGGGCCUUUCAGAUCCAACUAAACGAAAGGGGAUCGUUGCAGCCGUUGCAGAAGCAUCAGAAUCUUGGGGCUUUUUUCAAAUUGUCAACCAUGGAAUAUCUGUUGAUGUGCUUGAGGAGAUAAAGGAUGGGGUACGAGGGUUUUUUCAGCAGGAUACUGCUGUGAAGAAACAGUUUUACACUCGCGAUAACUUCAGUAGUCCAUUCGUCUACAAUAGCAACUUUGAUUUGUAUAGUGCACCAGCGACUCAUUGGAGGGAUUCUUUCACGUGGUACAUGAUCACUCCUACUCCUAAGACAGAGGACCUGCCAGAAGUAUGCAGAGAGAUACUUGUUGAAUACUCAAAUCAAGUAAGGAAGUUGGGGAAGCUAUUGUUUGAGUUGUUGUCUGAGGCUCUUGGGCUAAAGCAAAGUCACUUGAAUGACAUAGAUUGUAAUGAGGGGCUUUUGGUUACAGGCCAUUACUAUCCUGCUUGUCCACAACCAGAAUUAACAGUAGGCAUAAGCAAGCAUGCAGAUAGGACCUUCAUCACUGUUCUUCUGCAAGAUAAUGUUGGUGGUCUUCAAGUCCUUCAUCAUAACAUGUGGAUUGAUGUAAACCCUGUGCCGGGUGCCCUAGUGGUUAACAUUGGAGAUUUUCUACAGCUUAUAUCAAAUGACAGAUUCAAGAGUGUAGAACACAGGGUGCUGGCAAACCAUAGAGGUCCCAGAAUCUCAGUUGCAGGUUUUUUCAGCACAGGAUUGCUGCCAUUGGGAAAGCUCUACGGACCAAUUAAGGAGAUAUUAUCAGAAGACAAUCCUCCAAAGUACAGGGAGACCACUUUAAGGGACUAUCAUGCAUACUACAGAGAAAAAGGCCUUGAUGGGAGGUCUGCCUUGACUCAUUAUAAGCUUUGACCUAGAGACAGAGGAGCCCCUGCCAUGAACACAAGAGAAAUACUUCCAAUUUCCAAUCUUCAGGCAAUGCAUUGUUUUCUAUCAUUAUAAUAGUUAUAUGAGUGAUGUACUUGUUACUUGGGUGUUUGGCUAUGACUUCCUAUUUUCUUAAUCGUUUGCAAAUGAAAUUCUAAAGAAGAUUAUGAAGAGCUUGUUACGAUCAUCAGGUUAUUUUGAGUAGAAUGAUUUCCUACUAUUGGAGCAAUAAGUUGUUAAGAGUAAACAACGAUAGUCUGUAAAAAGAAGAUCAGGUUAUUUUGAGUAGAAUGAUUUCCUACUAUUGGAGCAAUAAGUUGUUAAGAGUAAACAACGAUAGUCUGUAAAAAGAAGAUCAACAGUAAACCAUUCAGUAUAUACUGCGGGUGCAGUUUGAAAGCUCCCAUCAGCAGAUAUGGUCUGUAGCUUGCGUUACUAUUAUUAUGAGUUUUAAAUAUAUUUUUCUACUACAUUUUAGUCAACUAAAGGUUGCAAGGACUGUGUUUUAGAAAUAUUCAUUUUUCAGUUUCAUAUGUAGAAAAAACUAUUUGAUCUUUUGUCAAAUGGGAUACAGUCACUUUUUGGCAUUUCUCCUUUGUAUGGACACAGAAGUAUAUCGUUUGGUAUAUACUUCCAGUCCUCAUACACUUCUGGUAUUAAUCUUGAAAUAUUCGUUUUUCAGCUUCAUAUGUAGAAAAAACUAUUU